AUGGACAAGGAGAAUAAUUUAAAACGAGGUGACAGAUCCCCGAUUGAGCUUUCGGAUUCUGAUGAAGAUACUGGAAAGGCACCGUUCCCAAAAACCCGUAAAGUUGGAGUAAGUUGGUACUUUUAUGCAAUUUUUUGUUUUUAGUCGACUCCAACGUCAAACAGAAAAGAAGAGAAGUUACUUUUGUCAGCCCAACGGAAGGCAGAACGGGAACGGCUAAGAUUGUAAGUUUAGCUAACAUUAUUGCACAGUUCUUUGUUAUUUUAGGUUUUGUUGUAUUUACACUUCGGUUUUUAGAGAACGAGAAAAACAGAAACAAGAAAAGGAGAAACAAAAAGAAGAAGAAAGAAAACGAAAGGAAGAUGAAAAGAAAAAGAAGGAGGAGGAACGAUUAGCAGCUAAGAAACUGAAGGAUGAAGAACGAGAAGCCAAGAGAAAGGCUGUAGAAGAAGCUAGAUUGAAGAAAGAAGCCGAACUUUUGAAGAUAAAACAAGAAAAAGAGAAGGAAUUGGAGGAGAAAAGGUUAAAGCAAGAGGUAAGACAACAUCCAGAUACUUAGUAUACGUUUUGACGUUCUUUUUACGUAGAUUAUUGUAGAAGGAAGAUGAAAAGAAGAACAAGCAAGCUCAAUUCUUCUGUAGUUUCUUUAGGAAGGUGGAGAAGGAAGAAAGGAGGACGUUAGAGUGGAGAACUGAUAGAUUUAAGCCUUUUGAGAUUAAAGAAGGCUUUGAAUUGGCUCCGAUCAUUCGUCGAUCACCGUUGGAUCAAGAUGUAUACAAUAACUUAAUGAAUGUUCAACUAGAGGUGGGUUUUUUGUUGUUGUUUUUGCUGUAUUUAGAGGCGAGACAUUAUAAACUUAUUUUGGGUUUAGAAGAGUGAUUAUCUUACUAAUCUGCCGAAGCGCCAGAAGCUUGUCAAAGAUCCGAUGAGGGCCAAGCUAUUCCAGUUUUGUGAAAGUGAACGGCCUCCUUAUUAUGGGACGUGGAGACAGAAGAGUUCUCUCAUAACUGGGAGGAGACCCUGGUUUAAGGCGACUAACGUAAGUAAUCUACUUAUCACUUUUGUUAUUAAAAAUCUCGCGGAAAACGGAUGGAAUGUUGAAUUGAUGCCUAAGUAUUUGAUGUUAUUGAAAAAGUCUUUUUCAAGGUUAAUAAUAAGGUGUAUUUACAGCAAAUUGAUUACGAACGUGAUUCGGAGAACGAGUGGGAACCUGAGCCUUCUGAAGGGGAGGACUGUAAAUCGGAGAAAGCAAGCACAGUAUGUUUUGUACUAUUUUUCAAAAUAUUUUAUAUUUUUGUUAUUAGUCAAGUUUAAGCUCAGUUUUUGUUCAAAGACGUAGAGGCAACUUGAAAUUGAUGUUUUUAGAAAGGCGACGACUACGAGACCGACGACUUCUUGUUGAACCACGGCUAUCUGUCAUCCAGCGAAGGCAGCGAUGGAGAACAAGACGAGAACGGUGUAAAUCAACAUAACCGACGAGCCGGCGAGUUCAGCUCGGACAACAAACGAAAAGACCUCCGCAAGAAGAGGAAAGAGCUGAAAGUGAAGUGCUACGGGGUGUGCUACAAGAUGCCCAACCCGAGCACCAUAUCCGUCGAUCUCCAGAAGCAGAUUACUCAGGGAUUUUUGUUUAAUUACGAGUUAAACUAA